AUGGCCAAAUCGUCGAAGGGCAAAGGUUCAAACAAACAAAGAGGCGCCCAUUCAAGUAAGCCAUCGAGCGGCCACACUUCGACCCAUAGACAUGUGGAAUCAAAGCAUGGGGCUAAUAAAAGUGGUAAAAACUUCCCUGUGAAGUUAGCAAUGUGGGACUUCGACCAAUGUGAUCCCAAGAGAUGCAGCGGGAAAAAACUCGAACGUUUAGGUAUAAUCAAAUCACUUCGGGUUGGGCAAAAAUUUCAGGGAAUUGUAGUCUCUCCCAAUGGUAAAAGUGUUGUGUGUCCUAAUGACAGGAAUAUUGUGGAGGAGAAUGGUGCGGCAGUAGUCGAGUGUUCAUGGGCUCGUCUUGAUGAGGUGCCUUUCAAUAAAAUUGGAGGAAGGAACGAAAGGCUUUUGCCCUACUUGGUUGCUGCGAACCAGGUGAACUAUGGUCGCCCAUGGAGACUUAACUGUGUAGAAGCUUUAGCAGCCUGUUUUGCUAUCGUUGGGCGCUUAGAUCUCGCGACCGAGCUUCUUAGUCAUUUUUCUUGGGGCCUUCAAUUCUUAGAGUUGAACAAAGAGUUGCUUGAAGUUUAUCAACGUUGCACAGAUGCUGACUCCAUAAAAAAAGCAGAGGAUGCAUGGCUGGAACAAAUCGAGAAAGAGGCCCAAGAACGAAAGGCGCGCAACCCGGGCGAUGAUCUGUGGUUGACAGGAAAUGUUAACCAUAAAAAAGGCCAUGGUGUUACGCAGAAUGAGAAUAAAGACGAAGCUGAGGUUGGAAGUACUUGGGAACAAGGCGAGAAUAGCGAAUAUGAAAGCGAUGAGAGUGCGGCAGAUGGCGAAGAAGCAUAUCAUGGGCCAGUCAAAUAUGACAGCUUAGGAAAUGAAAUCACGCUCAGCGAAAGCAGCGAUCCAGAAUACAGCGACUCUGAGGAGCUGUUGGAAGAACCUGACUUCUUAGGUGACAAUAGUUUUUCAAACGACAGCGACAUUCGCGACGUUACUGUGGGCCUCAGUAAGGUUGCCAUCAAAGGGGACGUAACGGAACAGUAG